AUGCCUUCUCGGCAUAAUUCGAAAGGAAACACGAACCCAUACACGCGCACUCACCAAGGCGAGUGCGAUCCCGUCCCUGAGCAGCAGCAGCAGUCUGAGACUGACAUGUCCAGUGGCACACCUCCAACCCCACGAGGGAUAGCUGACCAACCCCACCGGCACUGGGUCGUCAUUGAGCCAGAUCCCUCGUACAUCACACGUCCAGGCCCAGGCCAAGACCACAUCAUCAGGCCGUGGCAGGUUAAUGCCGUGGUCGGUGCGCCCGCUGACCAAGUUGACGAGGUGAUCGCUCAAGUCGGAGACUUGGAGGAGCCGCCGAGCGAGGGUGACUUUAAAGUCUGUUCUCGGCAGCCAGCCUCAGGAAGCGGGCAUCACUAUGAGACAGUCAGCCAUACCACGGUGCCAUCUGAUACCCGAACCGCGUCGAGCCGCUCUAAAUCCAAAGGCUACCACGGUAAGUCGCUCGUGGACCGCGAGUCCGGAAUAUCACUGGACGGCUUCCCAAGCCGGAGUAUGGAAGAGGGGGGAGUCAGUGGCCUCUGGAAGCGCAACAGCGGCAACGCCAGCGACGGCACCACAAGUGCUGCUGCCACCUGCCCCUCCUCUUCAUCCGGCUGCGUGUCCGGCGGGUCAUCUGCCAUGGCCAUGAACGGUGCGAUCAUCCACACUGCGCGGGCUGUCGCUAUCCAUCAUAUGCGGGCGGCCUACCCAUACGACGGGGUAAUUGCCGUGCAUCGCCCGCCUUUGCCGGCCGAACUCGACCGUAUGGACGAACGACUCGAAGACGCUCUGAAAUUUAUGGCGGACUUUUCUCCUGGCACGGUCGCGCGGACUCAGGCAAGUGACGACAAUGAGGAUUUGAGGCUGACUAGCGACAGGAAGAGUAUCAUCACUUUGCCCAACCGAGACCAAGUCAGCGAGGGCCGGCUUGGUCCACCGUCAUCGCCACAACCACAUUACACACAGGGUAGGCCUCCUCUCGCGGGCAACAUCGACGGGCACCCGACCGGCGUCGAGCAUGCCCAGCCUCGGCCCGUCUCGCCCACCCCCAGCGAGUCCAACAUCACCGAGACAGUGUUUGACGUGCGGCGGCCCACGCCCCCUCCGCCGCCUCCGCCGCAGCCGGAUACUAUCUCGCUACCCAGCUCGAGGCGGCACGCAAACGCGGCCGCGGGGCCGUCCGGCGGGGGCCGGCGGGGUGGCGCGUACCCGUCUUCGGGCGUUGGACAAGAAGAAGCUGUGCCGGCUGUCCUAGCCCCUCGUGGGUGGUUGGGCUUAGGCGGGAGUCAUCCCCCGCCGCAUGUGAGUCGUAGACAGGGCCGGGAUGAUCCUGAUGGGAAGGAGGAACUGUCGCGGCGCAAGGCGCGCGAACAGUAG